UUAAGCUUAUAUAUAGAUAAUCAGCUUAAUGAAACCGCACAAAUCGGACGCUGAAACAGAGCAAAACAGGGGAGGCCGAACUCCUCUGCUUCCUCCCAUGUCUUCUUCUUCCGCCCCACAGAGCUCCAACUCCAUUGCCGGAGGGCAAUGGUUUCCGGUCAGCAAAACUCAGUCGGGCUCGGCCGCCGGCGCCAGCCUUAUGCUCAGCGCCAUCCUCUCCCUCAUCUUCGUCGUCCUCGUCAUCAGCAUCCAUAUCUACACUCGCUACCGCCGCCAGUACGAAUCCGACGGCCUCAUCACCAUUAUUCACUCCCGUACUCCUCCCACACGCCGCCCUGCAGCCGCCACCGAAGCAGUCUCGAAAGGUCUUGAUGCCGCCACCAUUGAAAAGCUGCCGACUUUUCCCUACAGGCGGCCUGAGAAUGGCGGCGGCGCGGCGGAGUGCGCCGUUUGUUUGAGCGUGGCUGAGGAAGGGGAGAUGGUGAGAAUGUUGCCCGAAUGUAAGCAUUUGUUUCAUGUGGGGUGUAUUGAUAUGUGGCUGUAUUCGCAUUCCACGUGUCCUGUUUGUCGGGGAGAGGCGAAGGUUUUGGUGACCAAGUUUGUGUUUGGAGAGAUGGUGGCGGCGCCGAGGCUGCCGGAGAGAGUUGGGGGCAGCGGCGGCGGCGUGGUUGAGGCACGGGAGGGGAGCUCGGAGUCGCACAGGACAUGGGUGAUGAUGGUGGAUGGAGAGCAGGACUUGGAGAGACAGUGAGUGUUGUAUUAUAUAUAUAAUGUUUAAAGAAGUUUCUUAAUAAAAAUUAUUAUUAUUAUACU